GUGCUCUUUAAAUACAUUUGCGUGUAAUUUCUUGUCAAACGCUGAGCAAGAGCUACAGGUCAGAGGUGGUAAAUUUCUCUCUGGACACGAAAAAACCCAGAACAUGAGGUCUCUGGUUAUCUGCUUGGUGCUUGGCUGCGUCUUUUCGUUGUCUGUUUGCACACAAAGUCAUGACAGUAAACUAGGUGAAGAUGAGCGGAUACUUGCAGCCAUAAAGGAAGAUGAUGCGUUUCAAGAGGACGAAGCAAAGGUGAAUGGCCCGGUUGAAUCCUUUGAAGAAGAUCUCAUGUUGGCAGAAGCUGAUGGCCGCCAUUUUGAUUUUAGCGAAAUCGCAGAGGAGGAGGGUGCUCAAAAAGAUCCAAAACCUGUAUUCAAACGGUUGUUUAGAAAAGCCAAAAGAUUUGUCAAGAGAGUUGGUAAGAAAAUAAAGAAAGUGAAGAGUGAGAUGCAGAAAAUUGGAGAACGCUUAGCUAAAGCCGGAAAGAACGUCAUCCGAUUUUUGAAAAAAAGAACAAUCUGCUACCGGCCAUAUGGAUGCUUUAACAACAGAUCUCCUUGGAACAAAAUCUGGAAUCGACUACCACAGAGACCAAGUAAGAUAGGAACGAAGUUUGUCUUGUUCACUCGCAGGAACCGCAAAGGAAAAACGAUGCACAUGUUCAACGUCCGAGCCUCAAAUUUAGUAAUUCGAAAAAAAACCAUCUUUAUAAUCCAUGGAUGGAAAGAAACCUACACCUCAGCAGCAUGGAUGAGACAAUUGAAAGACGAAUUUUUAAAACUUGGCGAUUUCAACGUCAUCACUGUGCACUGGGUUAAGGGCGCUGGAAGGGGUUACUUUCAGGCAGCGGGCAACACCCGGCUAGUUGGAGCACAAGUAGCUUACCUCAUACAGCGUCUUCAUAAGGACUUGAGGUUGUGCUUUGGCAAGGUCCAUUUGAUUGGUUUCAGUCUUGGUGCUCAGAUUGCUGGGUUCGCAGGCAGAAGACUCCGCGAGAAAGGACAUAUCAUUUCACGUAUAUCAGGUCUCGAUCCAGCUGGACCUGUUUUCGCUCGCCAGCCAAGGAAAGCCAGACUUGAUUCGACCGAUGCUCGAUUUGUUGAUGUUAUUCACACAAGUUUCCUGUAUUUUAUUGGGGUCAAAGGCAGAUCGGGAGACAUCGAUUUCUACGUUAAUGGCGGAGGAGCUCAGCCUGGUUGCGGAGGAAAGAAGAUUCCACCAAAAUGCAGUCAUUUCCGUGCUGUGCAGCUGUACAUUAAAAGUGUGAAUCCACCUUGCAAAUAUCGCUCGUACAAAUGCUCUAGAUACACGACGUUUCGCCUUGGAUUCUGCAAAAAAGCGAGGACUGCACUUAUGGGAUAUCACGUCAGCAGAGCAGCAAGAGGGAAGUACUACCUCAAAACAAGCGGACGCCCACCAUACUGCUGAUCGGUCAAAGGCGUAUCAGCCGAUGCUGCUUGCACUCCUCGCUGGACUCUUGAUCAACUGACGCUACUUGUUCUUGUCACGUCACAGUUUACGUCAAGAUUUUUUAAUUUCUACUCAGUUCUUCUCUAUGCAGACAUUUUUAUACUUA